ACGAUUGGUGGAGGGUGAGAGAUUGCUAAAUUAGCGGAAGCGCUAUUUAGAAACAAUGUAAGAAUAUUUAUUGUGCAUUUACUGCUGUGACUGUUAAUUACAGUACUGUGAGGCGCAGUCUGUCUCGUGAAUACAAAGAGUCUGUUUCUGCGUCUAUUAAAAGAGAGCUCGUCACAGCUGGACCAUGGAAUUGGAAAAAGAAGUUAAAAAGAUCACCCUCGGACAUGAAACAGGAUCGGGAGCCCAGUGUUUGAAAUGCAAGGAUAAAUGUGAAGGGUUUGAGCUGCAUUUCUGGAGAAAAAUUUGUCGAAACUGUAAGUGUGGCCUGGAAGAUCACGAUGUGCAAACCACCACAGAAGAUGACAAGAAAAUUGGCAAGCUGCUGGAGGACACUAAAUACACCAGCCUCAUCGCCAAGCUGAAGACUGAUGGGGUGCACCACUACAAGCGCAAUGUGGUGACAAUGACCAACCCUGUGGCAGCUAAGAAAGAUGUGGCCAUCACAGCUGUGACCUAUGAGUGGACUCCUCCUGUCCCUAAUCAGGCUUUGGCUGUGCGCUACAUUGAGUUGCUACCAAAGGAGAAGCAGCCCGUGGCCGGCACUGUGGGGGCUGUGUACCGUAAGAAACAGAUGGCUAAGCAAUUGCCUGAACAUGAUCAGGACCCAACAAAAUGCCACGAAUUGUCCCCUAAUGAAGUGAAGCAGAUGCAGCAGUUUGUCAAGAAGUACAAGGAAGAAGCCCUGGGAGUUGGGGACAUCAAGGUUCCUGAGGAGAUGGAGGUGCAGAAUAAAGAGAAGGGUGCGAGUGAGGCCGGAGACCGAGGUACCACUGCGGUGGUGGGAGCUCUGGGCAACAAGACGGCUCCUUCAACAGGAGCAGCUUAUUCUUGUUACCGGUGCCAGCUGUGCAUGAAGGAAGGAGACCCUGCAGUAUAUGCUGAACGUGCUGGCUUUGAGAAGCUGUGGCACCCAGCUUGUUUUGUGUGUUGCACCUGCAAUGAGCUUCUGGUGGACAUGAUCUAUUUCUGGAAGAAAGGAAAACUGUACUGCGGCCGACACUACUGUGACAGCGAGAAACCUCGCUGCGGUGGCUGUGACGAGCUGAUAUUCAGCAAUGAGUACACCCAGGCAGAGGACCAGAACUGGCACCUGAAACACUUCUGUUGUUUUGACUGUGACUGUGUACUUGCUGGAGAGAUUUAUGUCAUGGUGAACAACAAGCCUGUUUGCAAAGCCUGCUACAUGAAGAAUCAUGCUGCGCUGUGCCAAGGCUGUCGGAAUGCUUUAGAACCAGAGGCUCAGCGAGUGACCUAUGGGAACUUCAACUGGCACGCAGAACCAGAGUGCUUCCUCUGCUCCUGCUGCACCAAGUGUCUGAUUGGCCAGAAGUUUAUGCCGAUUGAGGGGAUGCUGUUCUGUUCAGUGGAAUGCAAAAAGAAAAUGACGUCUUAAAUGAUAGCUGUAAAAAAAAAAAAAAAAAAAAAAAAAAAAAAAAAAUUGUCACUGAAGCUUUACUUAUUCUGUACAACCAGAAGGUUAAGGUCCUGGAUAUUCUGCACGUAUUCUACUGAUCUCUUAAUAAGCAAUAGUACUAGGUUUAUAUAGGCAGUAAAUGUGGUUUUUUUUUGUAGUGAUAAAACAUUCCAAUCAUAUACAUGCCAAUGUCCAGAUAUUAAUGACCACUUGUUAGGCAGAAAUGUUAUGCAUUUAUUAUCACUGUUAAAUGCAAACCAUGUAUGUGGAACAUAUAUAAAUGUGCAGUUUUCCACAAUAAAAUACUUUUGCAAUA